AUGAACUAAAGUGAAUUAAGUUCUGAUGAUUUGGAUCAAUUAUUUAAAGGAAUUUAAUCUAAAUUGGAAGGAAAAGAAGACAUUAUGGAUUCCUUGAUACCUAAAUUUUAAGAAAAAUACAAAUUUUUCCAAAUCUAAGAAUCCUCUAAAAAGUAUAUAUCCUAACUUUUCAUUUAGAUUAUUAGGAAGAUUUUAGCUUAGACUAUCAGAAUUGAUGGAAAAAUGUAAGAACUAAAAUUAAUUCAAUUACUUGGUUGGCAUUCAAUAGAAGUUGUUAACAUUUAAUAUCAUUCAAAUUCUUGAUUAAAUUAAUAACUCAGGUAUAGAAAAUAAAGCAAAGGAUAUUGUUCCAUAAUUCAAAUAACCUACUAAUUGGCAAUAAAAUAAUAAAAUAAACAAAUCAUUGUUUUAAUUUUAUGAGGAUUAAUUUUGGAGAUUAUACGGCAUUUUGUUAUUGAAUGAGUAUUUAUAUAUUGAUUUUAAGAGAAAACAUCGAAAAUAUGAUACUUUACUAUCAGUCAAAGCAAGAUAAUGUUGAACGAUUAUUGAAGUUAAGUUUAGAAAGAAAUAGAUAAUUUCUUUACAUAUAACAAUUAAAAUAUCCAUAAUUGGCUACUAUUGAAAACAAAGCUUAAUAAAUGAAUUUUUCUCAAAUUAAUUACACUAUGGAGACUCCUUAUUAAAAUAAAAAUAUUAGAAUGUUUGGUACAUUAACAUAAAAUCCAAAAUUCAAUAGAUUUAAUUCAACAAGUCCAAAAAAAUACUUAAGAACCAAUAAUUUCAAAAAUGAUUGGAGUAUUGAAAAUGAUAGCCAAGUUCUUGAUAGUUUAGAUAGAAGGACACGAAUUUAUUCUUAAAAUACUUCCAAUAUAUUUUCAAAUUAGACUGUGAGAGAAAAAACUUAGCAUUAAUCAUUUUCUUAAAAAAAUAACUUGAAUGGGUAGGGUUCCCAAAACUAAACCCCACAGGGUAAAAAAAAGAUAAGUUCUAUCGAUCUAAAUUGUAAAUUAAAAAUUAAAUAUUAGAAUCCUUUAAUUAAUUCGUGAUGUCGACAUAAUCAGUUUCACCUAAAAGAUAAUUCAAGAAACCAAAAAUUAAUUAGAAUCUGAAUUCGACCUUUUAUUAGUAAUUGUUUCCAUCACAAAGAACUACAAAUAGAGCAUUUGUAAUUAUGAAAAGCAUUUUGUUCAAUGAAUCAAAAGGAAUUCAUAAUUAUGCUUACUCUAACAUGGUGUUUAAUUAGAAGUAACUAAAGCCAUGA